GUUCCUGGGCAUUGGGAAAAGGCAAAUAAACAUGCUCAACAUUCCUCUUUUGCGCUUGUUCCCUUCUUACACUCGCUGCUUUCCUGCCUCACCCUCCUCCUCCCCCUCCCAGCACCAUUUCCCACGCCCAAAAUGAGGUUCGCAUCAGCCUGGUUCGCCCUGUGCCUUGCGCAGUUGGCAAAGUCCUGCCUCCUCCCUGAGGAGUCGGAAAACGGCGCUGCCCCCAGCCUCACGCGUCGCCAGGGCGGGAACACGGGUCUCGCCAUCGGAGAGGGUGAUCGGUUCGAGGGCGGUAAGAUCGUCCCCCGGGGACUGGGAACACAGCCCAUCGGGACUGAUCCGGGCAAGCUCCUGAGCGUCCGCGAGAUCCGCUCGGCCUUUGACGCCCUCGCCAACGAGUACGGUUUCGACACGUUCGAGGCCCCCGACAAGACGUUUGAGAACCGCACCAUCUUUGGUGGUGCCGUGGGCGGAAGCGGAAAGAACUGCACAGCCACCGAUGGCUACCGUGCCUUCUUCAACGGUGCCAUCCACGCGCGCGAGCGUGGCUCGUCCGACAACAUCAUCUACUUCAUCUCCGACCUGCUGUACGCCAACAAGCACAACCAGGGCAUCGCCUACGGCGGCCGCACUUGGAGCAACUGUGACGUCAAGCGAGCGCUGAAGGCAGGCAUCGUCUUUGUGCCUCUCAGCAACCCUGACGGUGUCGCACACGAUCAAGCCACCCACUCGUGCUGGCGCAAGAACAGAAACCCGGCUUCCGCGACGCCAAGCAACCCUGCCAGCUACGGCAUCGACCUCAACAGGAACUUUGACUUCCUGUGGGACUUCCUGAAGAAGUUCGACCCCAGCGUCGGUCCCAACGUUGCAUCAUCGAACCCGGCGUCGCAGACGUUCCAUGGCACGGCUCCUUUCUCGGAACCCGAGACACGAGCUGUCAAGUGGGUGCUGGACACGUUCAAGAAGAUCCGCUGGUACAUUGAUCUGCACUCGUACACCGGCAUUGUUCUUCACAGCUGGGGAAGCGAUGAGAACCAGAACAGACGCCCGUACAUGAACUUCAUGAACGACACAUACGACUCUGUCCGUGGUCUGAUGCCAGACAAGCCGGAAGAGGGACGUGUCUACGGCGAGUACAUUUCCUCGGACGACUGGCGCGACGCAGCCUACGCUGGUGUGCGCGCUGGCACAGCAAUGACCGGAGCCACCGGCAGGAUCUACGACGUUUCUGCUUCUGCAUACCUGUACCCCACGAGUGGUGCUAGUGAUGACUAUGCCUUCUCGCGCCACUUCUCUGACCCUAGCCUAAACAAAGUCUUCUCGUACACGAUCGAGUUUGGCUUUGGUAAUCCUGAUGCAUCUUGCGCUUUCUACCCUACGGCGGAAAUUUACAAGCUCAACCUCCUGGAGACGGGUGCAGGAUUCAUGGAGUUCCUGUUGGCCGCCUCGGAUAUUGGUCUUGGAGAAGAGGACACUUGCUGA